AUUAUUGGGUUAUUGGUGUCAACUCUGGGACAUGUAUUGGUCCAGUAAUUCAAUGAGAGACCAUUUAUCUUAAUGGGCCGGCCCAUCCGGUGCAGAUUAGUUGAUGGGCCGACCCUUUCUUUUUCCUCGCUCGAAGAGGUUUUUGGUCCCAACUCCUGCGCCGAGGAUCGGUCGCGAAUCAAGGCGAGGAGAAGCGAUCGACCCUCUCGCAUCGUCCCCUCUCCUCCUCUCCGUUCCCUCAAGCAGGAAACAUCCGUUCACUCCUUAGCUCUUCGCCAUGUUCGCCAGGUGCAUUCGCGAUCUCUCCUCGGGCCGGUCCCUUCGGAGGAUCCCUCGGCCGGUCACGGCUCAGAUGCCGUUCCUACGAACGUCAAGAAACGAGUUCUCGAAUGCUCCUAAACAGAAUCCGUCUCAAAAAACUGUCCCCGUGGAAGAAACUCCUAAUGCGAGAAACAGUAUGUCGAAGAUUGUUCUCGGUAGUGUAGUUGUCGGUGCUGCCGCAAUGGCGGCUUACCAAGCUGGCUUUAUAGACCUUAAGGUUAAGGACGGAAAGUCUACUGUCGGCACUGCCGAACAAAAUGUUAUCAAAAUGCCGGAGAAUCUGGAAAAUGCUGCUCGGCAAGAUGGUGUUACGGUCGAUGGAAAACAAAGCGCACUGGAGCCGGAAACAGAAACUGUGGAGGUUUACAAUGAGUUGCAUCUUCCUAAGGAUCUUGAGGUCAACGAGGAAGUUGUUUCGGAGAUACCGCCUCCACAGGAGGAGUCUGCACCUGCCCAAGAAAAAGAACCGGAAACCCUUCCUCAGGAGACUGUUCAAGUCCCAGAUGAUCAAACAAGUGUUUCUAAUCUGUUAUCUGAAAGCAACCCGAACUUAGAUAGCAAAGAACUGUAUGUGGAAGAAAAGGCGAUCCCUGGAAUCUCUAAUGAAAGCGAAGGAAUUGACGGAUCAAUUAUUGUUACAGGAGAAUCUGGUGUGCUGGAAGCUGCUUCUCAUCAUGAUAAGCAUACGGAAUUGCCGAAGGAUCAGCUAGAUGCUGAAACAGUAGCACCUAAGUCCCUCUCUGAGUCAUACUCUCUACAUGAUGAGGGGAAGCCUGAAAUUUCGAUUAAAGGCGAGGGUGCUGAUGCUGUAGCAGCAUUUUCUAGUAAUAAAGAGGCUUUAGUUGCUAAUAAGGAAACUCCAGUUGACGAAAAAUUAUCUGAUGAUGGGAGAAUACUACUUGAUCUUAUAGAUGCUAUUCAUGCUGCUGAAAGAAAGCAAGCUGAAUCAGAUGCUUACAAGUUUUCUGAAGAGAAAAGGAUGUUGAAGGAGAAAUAUGAAAAGGAACUGAAGGACGCAAGGGCCAGGGAACUUAUGUUUGCUGAAGAGGUCGCCAUUUUGGAGAAGGAGUUGAAGAAAGAGAAGGUGAAGACAGCCACUGCCAUUAAGACACUUCAAGAAAAAGCAGAACAAAAUCUUCGAGAGGAACUGAAACGUAAGGAGGAGGAAACUGCAGAGCAGCUUGAGAAAGUUCAGGAGUUGGCGAAAGCUGAACUAUCUGGAGCUAUCGCAAAGGAGAAAGCAGCCCAGAUUGAGAGGAUUGCCGAAGCCAAUCUUAAUAUCAAUGCCUUGUGCAUGGCAUUUUAUGCAAGAUCUGAAGAAGCCCGCCAGAGCCAUUCCGUUCACAAGCUUGCCUUGGGAACACUUGCCCUGGAAGAAGCUCUGUCGAAAGGGCUACCAGUUCGAACAGAGGUAGAUUCCUUGCGCAAGUCUCUUGAAGGUAUCGAUAAAGAUUCGCUGCUAGAACUUGCACUUUCAACCCUACCAGAACAAGUACUGGACAAUGGAACAGACACUCAAAUGAAGCUGAAUCAAAAGUUCAACUCCUUGAAAGGAACUCUUAGGCAUUUUAGCCUCAUACCGGCUGGCGGCGGCGGCAUCCUAGCUCAUGCCGUAGCUCACGUAGCUUCUUCCAUUAAGAUGAAAGAGGAUCAGCUUGGAGACGGCAUUGAGUCGGUCAUCGCGAGAGUGGAGAACUUUCUGUCGGAUGGGAAAUUGGCGGAGGCAGCGGAGGCAUUGGAAGAAGGGGUGCACGGAAGCGAAGCCUCGGAAGUCAUAGUUGAGUGGGUGAUGCGGGCGAGGAGUCGGGCGAUAGCCGAGCAAACUCUCGCCCUUCUUCAAUCAUACGCCACAUCUAUUACUUUCUCUUAGUUCUAAUUUACUUCUACAGCAGGGGAUUUGGCUCUAUAUCAAUUCCAGGCGCAUAUAGCAGGUACUCUUUUGUUACGAUAACUUCUCAAUUUACCUCUCUGUUUGUCGACUGAGCAUACUGUAAAUUAACGGCUCUUGAGUGUCGAGCUAAUAAAAUUUUGCUGUGUGUGUAUAUCGCAAUCUGCGGCGCUUCUGGCCCAGUUUGGAUGUGUCAUUUUUAACAUUGUUUUGAAUUCGAUUGUUUCCAAUUGACCGUACUCGUUGGAAAUAUAAGUCGACACCCUUUACUGUUCA